AUGAAUUUGGAAGAGUUUAAUGAAUUAGUCAAGAAAAGAGAAGAUAUUGAAAAUGAGUUAAAGGAACAUAUGGAUUUUUUAGAAAGACCUGAAAAUAAGAAUGUGGGUAUGAAAGGGAAUUUGAUUGAUUCAGAAGGAUUUCCAAGGAAUGAUAUUGACAUAUAUAGUAUUCGUGUGGCUCGAAAUAAAAUAAUAUGUUUAAAAAACGAUUAUAUAGAUAUAAAUAAGAAACUAGAAGAAUAUAUACAUAAAGUACAUAGUACUCAUCCAGUUAUACGUGUAGAACGAAAGAAAAAUAUAAAUAAUGAUUUAUUAAAUACACCACAACAAAUAACUAAAGAAGAAGAUAUUAAAAAUGCAAAAAAAAAUGUAUUUGCCAUUAUAGAUGAAGUUAUAGAAAAUUCUCCAUCUCAUAAAUCUGGAUUAAAAAUAAAUGAUCAGAUUUUUCAAUUUGGAGAUAUUAUUAAAACAAACGAAAAUAAAAAAGAAAAUGAGGAUAACCAUCCUUCAAAUGUAGAACUCUUUAAAGAUAUAGCUAAUUAUAUGAAAACACAACCUAAACAAAUAUUAGUUAAAAUAUUAAGAGAAGAAAAUAUUUUUCUUUUUCACAUUAUUCCUGAACAAACACAUAAUGGUUUAUACUUAGGAUGUCACUUAUCUCCAUUUGACAGUU